AUGUACAACCUGCUGCCAACUGUCUGGGCCAGAGCUGGACAGCGGACAGCAGGAGCGAGCCUGGGUGUGAUCAUAGUCUGCAAGACCAGUUGGACGAGGCCAUCAUGUCUGAGCCAGAUGUCCCGGAGCCUGAGAGCCUGAGCAUCAUGGUGGCAACGGAUAGCCACCUCGGGCGAGUACAUGGAGAGAGACCCCGUGAGGGGGAAAGAUUCCUUCGCAGCGUUCGAAGAGAUGCUUCUCCUUGCCAAGGAAAGAAAGGUGGACUUCGUGCUGCUAGGAGGGGACCUCUUCCACGAGAACAAGCCCUCGCGGCGCACUCUGUACCAAACCAUGGACAUCUUGCGGCGGCACUGCAUGGGAGAUGAGCCCGUGAGCUUCCAGAUAAUCAGCGAGCAGGCGCACAACUUCAAGGACAGGUUCGGGCACGUGAAUUACGAAGACCCGUACUUUUCGGUGGGGCUCCCUAUCUUCAGCAUCCACGGAAAUCAUGACGACCCCACCCGUGAGGGGGGAGUGGAGGCUCUCGCGGCCCUCGACCUGCUGCACGUGGCCAACUUGGUCAACUACUUCGGGAAGAGCAACAAGGUGGACGACGUAGAGGUGAACCCAAUCCUCAUCCAGAAAGGCUUGACCAAAGUGGCCCUCUACGGGAUGGGGAGCAUGAGGGACGAGAGGCUCAACCGCAUGUGGCAGCAGAAGAAGGUGAGGUUUCUCCGUCCACUGGAAGAUGACGGCGGCAAGGACUUCUUCAACGUUUUCGUCCUGCACCAGAACCGAGACCUCGGGCGGGGUAAGAAGAACUGCAUCCACGAAUCGAUGAUCCCCGAGUGGAUAGACCUUGUCAUCUGGGGACACGAGCACGAGUGCCAGGUGGAGCCGAUGGAGUCUCUGGUGGGAACAUUCCGCAUCUCCCAGCCGGGGUCCUCGGUGGCGACCUCCCUGUGCGAGGGCGAAGCCGUGCCAAAGAACGUGGGGCUGCUCGAGAUCAGGGGGAACGACUUCCGCCUUCAGGCGGUCCCGCUCUCGCAGGUUCGGCCAUUCCGCAUGGGAGAGAUCGUUCUCAGCGAGGUGGACGGGCUUGACUCAAAGGGCGCCAACGUUGACGAGGCGGUGGGUGAGGCGCUUGCCAACCAGGUGGAGCAAAUGGUAGAAGAGCUGCGCAAGGAAGACGAGGAGCUCGCCUUGACACCCCCGCAGGGGCAAGAGAUAGAGAAGAGAAAUCAAGUCUUGGUGCGCCUGAAGGUGGAGCACUCGGACUUCCCGACCCUCAACAACCAGCGCUUCGGCAGCCAGUUCAUGGGCAAGGUGGCGAACCCCUCCGACCUUCUUCUCUUCUACCGGCGGCGGAAUGCGGGCGGGGGUGCCGCGGGGGAUUCGGCCCUGGGGGGGGGCAAGUCAUCCCGUUCGGGUGGCCUCUCGGACCCGAUCCGCCCGGACAACUUGGCCGACAUUCGCGUGGAGGAUUUGGUGACUGAAAAUCUGGAGAACGCGGACAAGAAGCUGUCCCUCCUGGUGGAGCCGAAGCUCAAGAUGGCUCUCGAGGACUACGUCUACAAGCAGGACGCACAGGCAGUGCCGGACAUGGUAAAGGAAGCUCUGGAGGGCACGCAGAAGGCCCUCCGGAAGGAAAGGUCCGCCGGCACCGUGGGCAUGAUCGACGACGCUAUUUCUAAGCGGAACGAGAAAGAGCGGGGAGAGCUCGAAGCUGAGAGGGUCAGAAACGCCGAGCGAGCCAAGGCCACAGCCAAGCGUAAUGCCCCCGCUUCAUCGACGGGAGAAGGCAACAACAACGGCCGCGCCAACAACGGCCCGAGCGAUAUCGACGACGAGGACGACGACAUGGGUAUGCCUUCGGCGCCGGCGGCCGGAGGUACGAGCACCCGAGGUGGAGUAGGUCGAAGCGGAGGCGGAGGGAGUAGCGAUCAAGGCGGCGCCGGCACCGGCAAGGGCAGGAGAGGGGCGGCUGCUGCUGCUGCUGCUAUCAACGCUGAUGAUGAGGAGGAGGACGAUGAGGAGGAGGAGAUGGUGGGGACCGCAGCUAAGAGGCGUGACGCAGGGGGAAGGGGGAGGUCGGCGGCGUCGCAGGCGGCAGCAAUAUGCCUAGCAGACGGCAGCGACAAGGACGAUGACGUCGACGACGACGAUGACGACGAUUUCGACCAGCCCAGAAGCAAAACGCCCUUCAACAAGCGGGGGGGUGCGUCCAGCGGGGGUAGGGGAUCGAGAGCUGCUGCUCCCGCCCAAGCAUCCACCGCCACCAGCAUUCGACGGCGCGGGGCGGAGGCGGCGGCGGGGGCAGCGCAAAAGCCUGCUCCGGCGGGACGAAGACCCAGCGCCCGCGGGGCCGGGCGUGCUAGGGUUAGCUACCGGGAGGAUGACGGGGAUGAUAGCAGCGAGCUGGAUGAGGUGGCGCCGGCGAGAAGGAGGGGCGGCGGAGGCACCGACAGCUUCAACCCCGUCGAGAUCGAUGAUGACAAUGAUGAGGGGUUCGUGGAUGACGGUGAUGGUGAUGAAGCGUCGGAGUUCGAGGUGGACGACGAGGAGGAGGCGGUGGGGAGGGGGAGGGGCAAGAAGAGCAAAAGCAAGGCGGCGGAGGCGCCCCCGGAACGAGCCGCAAGGUCGUCCCGAGCCGCCCCGGCGACGAUGUCGCGCGGAAGGAAGCGCCCUGCCGCGGCCGCCGCUACUUCUGCGGGGGAUUCUCAGGUGUCGGAGGCAUCGUCGGCCGUUGGCGGGAGGGGCGGGGCGAAGAAGCGGCGACUGCCGGCCUGGGCGACGGCUUCGGCCGGCAGCAGCAGCCGCAGGGGUCGAGACGACGACGAUGACGUCGAGGAGGUGUCCAGCGCCAUCUCUGCGUGGGGCUCUGCACGCUGACGGAAACGGUUGGGCGUGUGGGUCUCACUCGCACAUGCGGGGGAGUCGUUUCUUCAUGCGGCCGGGCAACGUCUUGUCUUGCGGGCAGAUAUUUGAGUGUGUUGCGUGUUGUUGCCUCUCCUUGUAAACAUAUCAGUCUCAUUUUCGGGCUGCGUUCUCACGCGGCCCUGGGCAAGCGUGGUUCGUUUCUCGACCCCGUGUUUGUAAACAAGUAUGGAUCAUUUUCGUGGUUGCGAACAACCGCCGUAUUCAGCGCUGUUCUAGGGGUCCUGGCACGUUCUUUCUUGACCAGCCAGCAGGCAUCAUUGGCCGCGUCCAGCGACUUGCAGUAGGUAAUGCCGCAUAUUGGCUGCGUCCGGUAGUCUGGGGUUGCGGAUUUCGUUCAUCAGCGGGUGGGCACAGACUCUGAAUAACGGUGGUGCUUUCAGUCGAAAUUUGCCGGCAGAAAGAGCAGAAUCACUGUCUUCGCGUGGAAGUUGCCUCGGUGUACCGCGGUCUCAACAGGGUUGAACGUUGAACCCGAUAUUGUCGGUGGUCCAUUCUAUGAUUCGUUGCAAUUGUGUUGGCGCAGGGGACGUUGCGAACUCCUGGCGAAAGUUUUUCGGGCUUCCUUUUGUCGUGCCGUGGGUGUACGUGGAAACUUUCGUGCGCUCGUCCUCUCCGUUGAUUCAGAUUAUCUGCAGAGGCUUCAAUCACUCUGUAGGCGAAGCUUGCAGUCUUUGUCCCCGUCUUGCUUUGCUAAUUGAAUGAACGCGGUGUACGCACAGCUGCAAUAGAAACACUAUUUCACACGCUGCAAACCUACCGCUAGUGCAGGGUUGCGGGCUGCUGUUUUCGAUGCU